AUGAGGUUUGAUAACUUUCGAUAUCCGUUCGCCCUUGAAGUUUGGACCCUGCUGACCUUGCCCCCCCCCCCCACGGGACAAUUCGAGUCUCUGACACCCAAAUGGAGGUAUGUGCAUCGAGGAAAGUUGCCUCCAUCGCAGACUAAGGAAAAGGCUCCGGAGGUCAAGAGGUUAGGAAAGAAACGGAGACAUAUGCUGAAUACUAGCAUCGGUGCCACCGAGAGGGCAUCCAGCCCACCUACCCAACUAAGUAAUAGCAGUGGCUGUAUUUCCCGUCUGGUUUAG